GACAUAUAGUAUUUUUGCGAAGGAAAUUAAGGAGAACCGAAGCUUUUUUUAGAGAAAAUGGAAUAACAGGUGAAGAUUUAGAAACAAAAUUGAGUAUCUUAAAAACAAUCAUAGAAGAAAGAGAUCAUUUCAGAGAGCAGAUAAGCCAACUUCAAAACACCCAAAGGAUUGCAUCUCAAAUGAUUAGAGAAGUUAAUGAUGAAAAAAGGCAAUUUUUGGCUCAGAUACAAGAACUAUGA